CCAUAAAAGCCAAAUCACAGCCAACCACCAUAAAACAAGACCUUUUCAGCUCCCCAUAAUUCUUCCUCUUCUUCUUCGAUUCCUUCUUUAGUUCCUUUCUCGCACUCAAUUUGAACCCAUAGAGAAAAAUUAAUACAAUCGAUCUCUAGUAAAUAUUAGUUCCCCUAUAAUCUAUAAUGCCCUAGCUAAGCCUAUAUAUCUCUCUCAAUUGCCUCCAUUUUAUAAUAUUUCAUCUCUCUGUGUCUCCCAUUUUAAGCAUAUAUAUGGAGCAAUAAUCUCAUCCGCUUCUGGGUUGGUUUUCAUCUUGAAAUUAAGAGACGAUGAAUCGCGUCGACGGCUCAUGGGAAGAACAGGCCUUCGCGGAUGAUGCUGCGGGGCCUAUGGGAGGGUUCGUGUGGCCCCCCAGAUCUUAUUCUUGCAGUUUUUGCAGAAAGGAAUUUAGGUCUGCUCAGGCUCUUGGAGGCCAUAUGAACAUCCAUAGGAGGGAUAGAGCGAGGCUUAAGCAAUCUGUCAGCCCACAGAAUGAAAAGCUUCUUCUUCUUCAUCCCCAAAACCACAAUCUCCAUGCUUGUAUAUCACUGGUCAACGACGGCGCUCCAUACGCAUCCCUGGAACAACUAAAGGAUCAGCUAACUCACACUUGCACACCAUCUGGGUCAAAUAAUUAUGAGGCUGCUUCAGCCAGGCUGGAAAGUGGUCUGGAUUCAAGAACUGCAUCCGGAAAGAUUCUAGGAAGGCAAGAACAUUAUUUUACAAUUCAGGGCCAUCAUGAUUGUGCUGAAACCAAUUUGUCUAUGGGCUCGAAUUUGGCUAUUUCUCACAAUAAAACAUGCGGGUUUGAGGACGACGAUGGCGACGGCUACGGUGACGGUGAUGUGGUAAUUUCUAACAAGAGACAUAAGACCACUGCUGUUUCUUCAAAAGAGAGACUUGGAUUCAGAAAGGGAUGCGGGGAAGAUAGCUUGGAUCUUGAGCUGAGGCUUGGUGACCCACCAAAAGUGUAGUGCUCCAUUAGGAUUAAGGCGCCCUCAGAUGAAAACAAUGGCCGGUGGUCGCAACAUUAAGGAAGUUCAAUGAAAUAUAUAUAUAACUUAUUUUUCUGAUCUUCGCUUUCAGUCCUUAGUUUGAUCAUAUGAUGACAGGCAAAAGCCUCAUGUGAACUCAGUUAAAAUCUAACAUAUAUUGAAAAUUAAGUAUCAGUCUGUUUCCUG